AUGGCGAGGAAUAGAGGAGGAGGAGGAGGAGGAGAGGGAAGGGAAAAUAGAGAAAAUAGAGAUGAUGGAAUUGGAGGAGAGAAGCACUCGGGUUUGCUGAGAUUGGCACAGAUUCUUACAUUUUUGGUUGUGUUUGCAGCAGGUGUUGUCAUUGGCCUAACCACUAGUUCUCACAUUAAUAGGCAUUUCAUUUUACAACGAGACCAAUACAGCACAUUGGCAAACCCCAUCUCUCAUAAUUGUACCAUCACACUCACACAACCACCACCACCACCACCACAACCACAACCACCUUGUUUUGAUUCUAUCAAUAUUCAAACCUUUCUGCAUCCCACCAACCUCACACAUACCUUGUCCGAUGAUGCACUCUUCUGGAGAGCUUCCUUAGUCCCUAACAAACAUGACUAUCCUUAUAAGAGAAUACCCAAAGUCGCUUUCAUGUUUCUCACUAGGGGACCAUUGCCCAUGUUGCCCCUCUGGGAGAGAUUCUUCCAUGGCCAUCACAAUCUCUUCAAUAUCUAUGUCCAUGCACCUCCUGGAUAUAUUCUCAAUGUUUCCGAUUCUUCCCCUUUUUAUAGACGCCACAUCCCAAGUCAGGUUGUUUCAUGGGGGACAGUUACAUUGGCUGGUGCUGAAAGGCGCCUUUUAGCCAACGCACUGCUGGACUUUUCAAAUGAGCGGUUUGUUCUCCUUUCAGAGAGUUGCAUCCCAGUCUACGACUUCUCUACAGUUUACAGAUAUCUCACUGAUUCUACCCACAGCUUUGUAGAGUCAUAUGAUGACCCUUCCCGUUAUGGGCGUGGUCGCUACAGCCGCAAUAUGCUUCCUUAUAUUAAGCUGAAACACUGGCGUAAAGGGUCUCAGUGGUUUGAACUUAACCGUGCUCUGGCUGUUGAUAUAGUCUCUGACACCCAAUACUUUACCCUCUUUCGUAAAUACUGUAAGCCUGCUUGCUACCCUGAUGAACAUUACAUUCCAACCUUCCUGAAUAUGUUCCAUGGUUCACUUAAUUCAAACAGAACAGUGACAUGGGUUGAUUGGUCAAUGCUGGGUCCUCAUCCAGCAACCUAUGGGGGAGACAACAUAACAGUGGGUUUUCUACAAGCUAUAAGGAACAAUGGAACCCUUUGUCGAUAUAAUUCAGACAUGACAUCCGUUUGUUACCUAUUUGCUCGCAAGUUUGAUCAGAGUGCACUGGAGCCUUUACUUAACCUUUCUUCCGAAGUGAUGAACUUUUGAAUUUUUUCCUUUUUUUAUUGUAUAAGAGACAAGAUAUGUAACUUAUU